AUGGCGGUCGAGGGUGCGACCCAGGCCCUCGUCGCGGCCUUCUUUUUCGGAAUCGUGUUGAACGCGGCGUCCGCUGCGCUCGUUCUUUACCUCCGGGGCUAUGGCGUCGCCGCGGCAUGCCGGGACAGCCAGAGGCUGGUCCUCGUUCUUUUCCUUCUCAGCGCGGCCCUGUGGGCUCAAAUCGAUUUCAUUACGAUCCUCCUCGACGUCACGACGUCGUCGAUGCCCUGCCAGAUCGGCGUCAUCUUCUCUAGCGUAUUCGACCAGCUAGCCAGGUUCUCGAUCGAGCAGUUUCUCCUCUGGGUCCUCAACAACAGCAACGGGGCCAAGGUCUCCGUUCUACAGCUGAUUGCCCAGAUCUUGGUUCUGGGCAGGUUCGUCGCGGGCGCUGUCUUUGUUGGGUUCACCCGGCCUCAGACGGAUACCUUUUGUGUCGCCAGGACCUCCGCGCUUCCUGUAGGGAUACUGGUCUCGGCAUUGGACGCCGCCAUCAUCCUGCUCCUCGUUGUUAGAGCAUAUUCGGCAGGCGGAGCUGUGACGGACACUCACCGGGGCAAAGCCACCAAUGGGGACAGAGCCAGGGCGCUCAUGUUCGUCCUGCUGAGUCUAGCGCUUUGGACAGGGACCAGCGUGCCACUUCUUCUUGGCUUCAGGGCCUUAGCUCUGGCCAUCAGGACCGCCCUUCCCGCCAGUGGCUUGUUAGUGGUGAUUAUCUCUGUGGCAGGCGGUGCUGGGACAUUACUCACGUCUCGAGUCGUGACAGCGCAGCCGCCAGAGGCACCCUCGCCGAGACGGAUCAACAUCAGCCGCGACAUCUCAACCUCCGACACUGACUACCCUCCGACCCGCUUUGAGGACCUCAAGGAAGCUGCCCUCCGGUCCUCAACCACGUUUGUCAACCCCAGGGAAGCACCCAGAGCCAAGGACCCGACUACUGGCAUCGGCUGGGCGAUGGGAAUAGAGAGCGGGCUGCCAAACGGGCUUAAAGGGGAACCAAUGCCGCCGCUGCCGAUAAGCGCGUUUUCCACGGCCGCCCCUGCGCGGAAGAAGAGCCUGUUCACCUCCGGGAAGGGCAAGGUAACUAUCAGCCAUCCGAUUCUCCACGAGAAUGCUCCUCAGCACCCGCUGCGGAAGAUUGCGGUCGUGGACUUGGCCGAGGCUGCGGUGGCGGAGAGGGAGAGGAGAAACCGGAUGCAUCACGAUGAGAGAGAGGCUGCCGGCCGUCCCACUAGGCAGUGGAUGUCCAUGUCACCGGAGGAAGGCGUGAAGCGUGCUGUCAGUCUCAAGCGGAAGGAGGUUUCUUCGGUAUCCACGCGAGAGAGCGUGUUCCCGGGGGCACUCCGGCCUGGCGAUGUUGCUGUUGCGUCUACUACGUCCGCGCAAUUGUCUCCGGGCGGAGAGGAGACCCGCCGGAGGUCCCCGCGGCCAUCACUCCCAGAGGAAACGGCUCAACCACGAUCAGUGUCACCGGUGCAGGCCCCGGGAUCCAUGAGGUCGCGGUCCGAAUCGCCGCCCAACCGGCCGUUGACCCUGCAGCAGCCUCUCUUGAAGACUGAUAUUCGACCUUCAAGGAUGCUGCCGCCGUCCGCGAAGGCACCGCCUCCCGAACCGACCAAGACCCCUCUCCAGCGGCGGCCAACCAUCGGCCUCCCGUCCAACCCGAGGGCCCGGGGCGUCCAAGUAGCCGAGGAGUCUGGGUCGCAACACCGAACCAUCCUGUUUGUCAACAACAUCGAAUAUAACGACCCGGCUGCGGUUGAGGCCAUCAUUAAAGGCGCCGGCAACGGCUCAACGAAACCUGCGCCCGUCGCCGAGACUCCUGGAACGUCCGACUCGGUCGUCCACCGUCCACGCCCCAUCCCGCGGAGGCCAUCUCUGGUCCACAGGCGAACCAAAUCCAGCGGCUCUCUGAUCGGGAGGGGGUCUCUCCUCAGGUCGACCCCGGGCAGCCCGUCGCAGCUCCCACCGCUGCCCCCGCUGCCAACAAGAAGCGCGACCGUGUCGGUCCGGCCGCAUCCCAACGACACCAGGAGCAUGACGCUGGAGGAGAAGCUCACGUUCUUCUUCCCCAGCCCCCCGAGCGCGAAAUCCAUCAAGAGAAGAUCGUCCGUCCCGGAAGUGCCGCGCAUCCCUGCUUCGUAUCUGGAUGUGGACUCGUCUCCCGGCGAAUUAACUCAUCGCCAGCCCUCCGAUCGCACCACCAAGACGUCUGUGCGGACCGAGAGCAUCCUGGACGUGGAUGAGAUCCGGCGGCAACCUGCAAGGCAAGCAAGUGGGAAACGCGCAUCGUCUCCAAUCAUUCCAGAUGUCCCCGUGCGUGUGUCCGCCUGGACGGAGACAACCUAUGACAGAUCCGAAGAUGAUGCGACCAACUGGAGCGCCAUGCCUUCGCCCGAGCUCGCGGUGAGUGUUCCGGUGGUACACAGGCCUGGCCUGCCGGCGUCCAUCCAGAUGCCCGCGCGGAAGGAUACGCAGGCGUCCCAACUCCACGUGCCCCAGCCAACCGACAACCGCACCAGUAGCGCUACUGUGCCAUUCGUCCUCGAUACCUCUACUGUGCCGCCCUCCGAAUGCGAGGCCGCCGCGACCCCCGAACGGUCGACUUGGCACCGGCGGGUGGGCGACGAAUGCCCGACCUUCUCGGUCAGAACGAGGAAGACGCGGUCCAGGAAGAUGUCGCCGCCGCCGCCGCUGUCGCUGAACGCUGUCACGGCCAAGCACACCAUCGCCAUCCAGGUAGAGCCGUCUCCGCUCGAGUCGCCCGGGCAGGCGAUCCGGCAGAUCCGGGCGCAGCUGAGGAAGUUCGAGGAGCUCGAGCAGCAGUCGGCCUCUCCACAGAGCGCGACGCGGCGCCUUGCCCUGCUGGAAGACCUGGAGCGCGAGAUGGGCCAGCAGGCGGAGCACUGGCGCGAGAUCAAGCACGACAUUGGUCGCGACUCUCUGUCCAGCAUGCAGACCACGUCCCGGCGCGAGUCGCUGAUUAGUGCCGCCGGCAGCCAUGUGGCCAGCGAGUCGCCUCGGCGGCCUGGCAUCGGGGCGGAACGCAGAGCCUCACGCAGUAUUAUUCCCAGUAGUAGUACUAACGGCAAUCUCGGGAUCCCGGACGUCUCGGUGCGGAAGUCGGCCAGUCCCCAGCUCAGCAACUGGCAAAAGCGGCUGACCGAGGCGCACAUGGACUACAUGGAUGUCCAGCACCUCCGCAGCAGCAACGUCAAUCUCCUGCACCUUGCUCGGGCCCAGCUGGCCAGCCCUACUCCUCCGGACUCGGAUCAGUCCGACCAGUCCGACGAGGAGGUGCCGCCUGUCCCAAGCCUCCCGAGCAAGGUGGCGACAGAAUGGUCCCGCCAGGCGCAGCCGAAGCGCCCUUCGCUCUGGAAGCCAGCAUCAACGGAGCCGGCCGCGUCGACGAGUUUGCUUUGGGCUCCUGGUUUGAAGACCGGUGUCAAAACCGAGGCCCCGCUCCCAGGGCUCUCAGUCCGGCCGGCAAAGAGAACGGAGGAGGCGCCUCUCCGGAUCGAAAGCUCGCUCCUCUGGCGUAAGCCGUACCAAGCCGCCAACCGCUCGACCUCGGGGCUCUGGCGUCCGCUCUGGGCCUCGGCGGCGCCGCCCGCUGAGCCGAUCACGCGGACGCCGUCGAAGAUGACAUCAUCCACCUCUCCAUCGCCAAAGCCUCCACGCCCGGUCACGCAGCGACCCCCGCGUCGCAACAAGCGGGUGACGCUGCUGCCGGACAUCCUCGAGAGCCCCAAGCCGCUCCCGGAUAGGCAGGGCACGCUCGGCAUCUUCCAGUUCCCCUGGGGCGAGAAGUCCGACACGGCGUCCAUCCAGGCCCGCCCCACCAUGUUCAUGGCCAUGCCCGGCACCAUGACCUCGGGCGGGCCGUCCCUUGGCGCCGCCGCCUUUAAGCCGCCCGAGCCGGCUUCCGGGUAUUCGUCCUCGUUCUUUGACGACUAUGAUGACGAGGAGGAUGACGAUCCGAUCUUGGACUCCGACGAGGAGGAUGGAUCGGACGACGACGGGUUCGACGAGACGACCCUCUGGGAGAUCGCCAGCCUGCUGAAGACGGAUUCCGUGCCCUCGCUCCGGAGCGAUUCCGUCUUGGAUGACUACGCCGAAGACGACUCGGAGCUCAGCUCGAACGACGACGACGACAACGGAGAGUCGCCGCGGGAACAGAUCGUCAUCGGCCUGGCUGAGCCCCGGGAGCUGCUUCUCGAGCAGCAGCAGCAGCGCGACUCGGCCACCAUCGAGAGCUCGACCCUCCUGAUGCUCGGCGAGGCUUUGGAAGCCAGGAAGUCUCCCUCUCCCUCCCCCUCCAAGCCUGAUGCUAGGGUGGUAGGGUUGCCCGCGAAUCCGAAAGCCUCGCUGGACGCUCAAGUUCCCCGUGCCGAGGCGGAACCGUCGCCGAUGCAAGACCGCAGCUCCGGGGUCGAGGCGAGGAGCAAACAACCAUCAGCCGGUCUGUGGCUCCCACCCUGGCGAGCGGAUGAGCCCUCCUCCCCAACAAGCGGGGGCUUGUUUGUUCCAGGGCCCAACCGGUCCGGUUAUCGCGGUACGUCCGCGGAGCCCGCCGCUAAGUACAUCCCUCGUAGGCCGCGCCCUGCUCAGCAAAGCCGCCUGGAUCGGUUGUCGUCGAGGGAGCUCUGGACGCCGGUGAACAGGUCUGGCGAAAGCGAGCGGAACUGGAUAAAGCAGGUCCUGGUAUCAGUCUCAGCUGGCUUUACUAGUACUCUACGCCGCCGCUACCAGCGACCUCAAGCGAGCAGCGGAGACUGGAUGGCGGCUCUGCACGAGGCGAUCGCGGCCAGUAAGAAGACACUCAGGCGGGUCACCGCUAGCGGCCCGGCCGAGUGGGAAUCUGCGCUGCAGGAAGCCAUCCGGCUCUCGACCCGCCCGUCCCCGGCGUUGGACCCCGCCGUGCGGCACCCGGUCUUCUUCGGCUCGCUGGCUAUUGCUGCUACUACUAGUAGUACCGAUGCAGUCGCAGUGCACCCUGCCAUGUCGGCAUACGCAGCCAAGGAGCGACCUAGCCACGCGCAGCAGGCUGACGAUUCCCUGCGCAAGGAGUCCCGCGCUUUGGAAGAAGAAGGAGAAGAAGGACAGGAGACAUCAUCGCACGCCAGCAGCAGCAACAAGACAAUCCUCCCCCAGUCCGAUCAUCCUAGCAAUGCCAUCCAAGCACAGAUCGAAGCCCUCGAGCAGGAGCGGCUGUUUGUGGAACGUGCCGCGAGGGAGGAGUACCGGCGCCGGACCACAACCGCGCUCUCUACCACUGCCACAACCACUACCACUACCACUAGUAGUACCACCACGCCCACUGCUCCCGACAAGACCAUGAUGACGACCACGACGACGACGACGAUGAUGAUGCCGGCGGGUGCAGAGACGGUCGAGGACCUGCAGCGGCGGCUGAGCGCGCAGAUCCGGCAGUCGCUUGUCCUGGCCCACAACCCCUUUUUGUCGCCUUCGUCUGCUUCCGGUUCCGGUUCCGGUUCCCGGGGCGGGGUUGGUGUGGCUGUGACUUCAGUGUCGAGGUCAGGGGUUGCUACUAGUGACGUUAGUAAGACUGAGUCUUCCUCUUCCUCUUCCUCCCGGAGCGUGAAGUCAACAGCCUCAGGGAAGGGAAAGCCGCUCCUCUGGGCUGCGUCGCCUAGUAGGCCGGUGUCUGGAUCAUCCCGUCCCGGUCUCUGGACGCCCACGCCCACACCCAGGGUAGUCAACCACUCGUCCAUAGCUCCAUCCUGGCAGCAGCAAGGGAACGAUGCGCAGCCCCCUUGUCGGCGCAGGGCGAUGCAGAAGGGGCUGGAUCCGGAUCCGGUUGCUGUUGGUGGUGAUUUUGGAGGGGUGGGAUUGUGGAGUGUGGCAACAAUGGCCGGUCUUCACAGGGAGGGUGGCAGCAGUAGGAGUGGGAGAGGGAGGGAUUGGCUGGGCAGUGUUUGUGUGUGA